AUGGAUGAAGCAGCUGACUCCAAGAGGAGGCGCGGACUGGGAGUUGUUACGCCCAAUGCAUGUAAAGAGUGUCGAAAGAAGAGAGCAAAGGCAUGCCACAACUACCAUUUCAGCGUCGCAUAUUCUCUAUUGCUGUUUACUGACUCCUCUUCUCUUUCUAGUGCGAUGGCCAAGUUCCAUGCGGACGAUGCACCACUCAGCGCGGCGUCGAAUGUGUCUACGAGAUUCCCGUGCGCCAAUCGAAGGAACAUAUGAGGAGCGAGAUUGAACAAUUGAAGACAAAACAACGCCAGAGCGAGCGCGUGUUAUCAGCCCUAGUCCAGGACGAUCAGCCAGCUCAAAUUAUUGAGAGGCUCCGUCGUGGGGAAACAUUGGAGAGCAUAAGCCAACAAUUGGAAGGCCAAAGUUCUGCGUCAACGUCCAUGUCGCCUGCUGGUGCAAAUAUAACAUCAUUCUCUCGACAGAUUGAUCAUCAAGUAAUUGCAGACGCUUUGCAGCCUGCCAUUCAUACCGAAUCUCGUAUCACUCCGCGCUUUGAAACAUUCGGUCUGUUUGGAGAAUCGCAAGGGAACUUUGCCGAUAUCCACAACAAUCAAGCGGGUGCGGUCCAGCAAGACGACCCCAUGGUGUGGGAUCCACAAACUCUACCGUCUGGUCAUCACGCCCUUCCUACCCGCGGUCUCGUUGGAACAUGGCAUCGAGAGGUGGAAACGGUCUCGACUCCUGAUAGUGCGACCCAAGAUGCCAGAGAUAAAGGUCAAAAUACCAUCUUGGGGGAGUUUGAUUCUAAUGAUUGGCAUUUCGGAGGAGGAACUGCUCAUUUGAAUGAGACUUGGACAAACGUUACUUCUGACAACGCUUUCGUCGAGCAUCUCAUGGCUUUGUAUUUCUGCUGGGAAUAUCCAACAUUUGCUUCCCUAAGCAAAGAGCAUUUCCUGGAAGGGUACAGAACCGGAAGCAAGACGUACUGCUCGCCCAUUCUCGUUAAUGCUAUCUUGGCUCUUGGAUGUAGGUUUUCCAAUCAGCCGCAAUCUCGUUCAGACCCCGCAAAUAGCAAUACGGCAGGCGAUCAUUUCUUUGCGGAGGCUACGAGAUUGCUGGAAGCAGAAGAUGAUAGACACGUUUUGACCACCAUCCAAGCCAUGGGAUUAAUGUCCAUUAGAGAGGCUAGUUGUGGGCGUACUAGUGAGAGUAUAUUUCUGGCAGGCCAGUCAAUCAAAUUAGCCAUUGAAUUGGGACUACACAAGGAUGGUGAUUUCCAAGGCGACUUGUCUAGCGCUGAGCAAGCAGAGAGUGCUGUACGUUCAGCUACAUUUUGGGGUGCUUUCUCCUUAGACCAGUAAGUCUUUCUAAUUUGCAAAAAAUCCACAUAUUUCAGAUGGAGAUACUGACCUUGGUUUUUAGAGCAUGGUCACUUAGUAUUGGUCGAAUACCACAAUUUUCGCGUGAUAUCAAACUUGCUGCGAAGCCCAAAAUCGUCGCACAUGUCGAGGCUUCGAAUUGGAUCCCAUAUACAGACGAUGGUAAUUUAGCUAUUUUGUUCAAUAUCUAGCAACACGUAAAGCUAACUUAGCAGGGGAACCACUAGAACGUCCUUGUACGCAACCUUCAAAUGUACGAAGCGUUUUCAAAACUUUCUGCGAGCUUUCGGAAAUUUUUCACACAAGUCUUUACCAACUUUAUCAUCCGGGUAAAUCAAUAACUAAUAGGGCUCUGCUCGAUUGUUAUACCGGAUUCUUGAAGUGGUAUGCGGCUAUCCCAGAAUCAUUGAGGUUGGGGCAGAACUUCACACCGUCUGUUCUUUUCGUCCAGUAAGUCUUUCUUCCCUUAAAACCAAUAUUUCGAUGCUGACUGUUGAAGUAUGUAUUACCACUACGCCAUCCUUCUCCUCUUCAGGCCUUUUAUGAAACUGAAAAUGAUCGAUUCCGGUGUCUCCCCCAAAGACGUCUGCAACCAAGCAGCCGAAGCAAUAUCCGCCCUCGUAAAUUCCUACUCCCAACUUUACACACUCCGUCGCACCCCUUCAUUUGUCCCAUACUUCGUCCUCACCUCCAGCGUCGCGCACGCCGUCACCAUGGGUCUUGAGAAAACCGGACCUGCGGCUCUACAACAGGCUAUCAAGUAUUUGAAAGAGAUGUCGGGAUGUCACGGCUUUGCAAAGCGCGGUCUGCAAAUACUGUAUUAUCUGAUUCGGCAUUGGGGUAUUGAGGCUGAAAUCGAGGGUGAAGUUGAGGAGGGAGGAGAAAGGAAAGACGGGGAUAAGGUAGGUGUUCAACCUAGUCCUACGGGGUUCAAUCUUUAUUCUCCGGAUAUUGGGGAUUUGCAGAGUCAUGGAAUCGGACGGGUGGAGGAGGGGGAGAAUCCACUUUUUUGGACAUAUCCUCUGCAAGGACGGCCGUUGUUGGAUGUUGAGGGACUGGAGGGGGCGGGGUUUAGGUUGUUAUGA